AUGACCGGCUUAUUUCUUGUGUUUGUUGAUGACAGAAAGGCCUUCAUUGUAAAAGCUGAUAGCAAGAUAUGGCUCACUUUCCUUCUGGCUGUUUUUGCAGGAGUCCUACAUUGGUGUCACAUAACAACUCUUUUUGAAAAUGACCGUCAUUUUUCUCACCUGUCAACACUAGAAAGAGAAAUGGCUUUUCGCACGGAAAUGGGUCUUUAUUAUUCCUACUUCAAGAUCAUUAUUGAGGCACCAUCGUUUUGGAAUGGAGUAUGGGCAAUUAUGAAUGACAAACUAACUGAAUAUCCUUUAGUGAUUAACACCUUACAAAGGUUCAAUCUUUACCCAGAGGUGGUCCUCGCCAGCUGGUACCGCAUGUAUACUGCCACUAUGGAUUUCCUUGGUGUACCAACAAAGACGUGUUGGACUGUAAACAGAGGAAAAGGUCUUAGUCCUGUUGAAAGCUGCGAGGGGUUGGGAGACCCUGCUUCCUUUUAUGUUGCUGUGAUUUUUCUUUUGAAUGGAUUAAUGAUGACACUGUUCUUCAUAUAUGGUACAUACCUCAGUGGUAGCCGUCUAGGAGGCCUUGUUACCGUGAUGUGUUUCUUUUUCAACCAUGGAGAG